AUGCCGAUGGCCGUAGCGGGACCUUCACGACCAUAUAAUGGAAUGCCUGGAGACGUCGCUGCUUUCGGACCACUCGCCAUGCCUCGCAGCCCGCCCAAGAACAAAAGUGAGUCUGCAGCAUACACACAGCCGGUUCUGGGCGAGAGACGGCUCAGACGGAGCGCAGACACACAACAUGUUCCUUGCAAAUUCUUCCUUCAAGGCAACUGCCAGGCCGGACACUCAUGUCCCUUCUCCCACGAUCUCGAGUCAACCAUGCGACCAGUGCCUUGCAAGUACUUUCAGAAGGGUGCCUGCAAGUUUGGACGGAAGUGCGCGCUUCUACACAUCACACCAAACGGCACAGUAGUCAACCGGAUGCCACCAGCACAGUACAUCCCGACUCCAACACACCCAGGUGCACCAGGACAAAUACAACAGGGACCUUUUGCACAAGUCCCGCCUGGUCUGCUAGCUCAAGGCUUUGACAGGGAUGGUGCACAAGAGUAUGAGCAAUAUCAGUACAGCGGGUGGCAUGGAUAUGAUGCACCCAUCGACAUGACUCUCACCUCGGCUUCACCACAGUAUGGCUCUCCUCUGCAGAAUGAUGGCUUCGCUACAUCGCCGCCUCAAAGAGGGUUGUCAGUGCUAGACGCGCCCCUGCCCAAUUCUUUCGACAGCAACGGGAUCUCUAUGGCUGCACGCAAUGGUCCAUUCGCAUCGUCAGUGCCUUCACGGUUCGGCAUCGACUCACCCCCGGCUUCAUACCCUCGCAAAUCACAAUUCGGUAACACGGCGUUGAGAGACCUGCAUAGCUCAGCAUUCGGAGAUCGUGGCAUUGACGGACAUCUGGCUGGGCUAGGGUCAUCUCCACCAAGCGGUCCUGACGAGCCACUUACCUUUGCGAAACGGCCCCUACACUCGGACAUCCUGCGCUCUUCUGCGAGACAACCGAUGAUGUCGGCAAGUCUAGGCACAAAGCAUUUCAUGACGCCAUUCGAGCAAUCGGACGAUGAAGACGAUGGCGGCGAAGCUCGGGAAGACCUUCUGCCUGCUGCCUUGGUUCGUGAUCUGAAAGAAGAUGAUAGCUCGCUUGAUGGCUCGCGGAGACGCAAGGAGGACGAAACUCCUGCGGGCUUCCUAUCCGCUGCGCGUAGAACGCUCUCCAGUCAAGGCACGCCGCAGGACAGCCGGGUAGGCAGUCUGGGGUCAAGUCCGUCGCGGUACUCGAGCAUGUUCGCCAAACCCAGUAGUGGCGCUAGCGAGACCAACGGUCUGGGCCAUGUAGGGUCGCCACUGCGCAACACAGGUCUUGCCAAUCCGACGGGAUCCAAAGCCAACGUCAGCCCACCCCAGCAAUCCAGCAUGAGUGUGCUUACCCAGGAGUUCCAACGCGCCAAAUUGGAUCCCACUCGGCCCGAAGCACAAGUCAACGGCGGCGCUAUGCGUUCUCUAUCAAAUGGCUCGACUGUACGAGGCAGUCUCGAUCGCGGGCUAAGUAAUACCAGUGUCAGUAAGAUUGACGAAGAGCAAGACCUUUUUGAUAUGGAAGGCUUUGGAGACUUGACACGUAACGUUCAAAAGCCGGUACCAAACGGUGAGAUGAGUUACGGUGCGAUCGGUGCUCAUCGUGCAACUAAAUAG